AUGAAAUCCUCCAGAUUAUCAUCAUCACUAUUUAUAAUUUAUUUGUCUCUAAUGCUUUAUGUUGCUCUUCCAGCAUUAUCUCUCAACUUGUACGAAAUUGUAUGCAAUGAGGCUGGCCAAGAUGCCAAUAGUUGCAUGAACAUUUUAAAAACUGACUCAAGAAUUGUUGCAGCCAAAAACUAUCAUGAUCUCUCAAAGUUUAUCUUGGAGAUGGCAUUCAGUAAGGCAACAUCAGUUCAAUCUUAUUAUGUCAAAGUUGGAAUUCGUUUCCCCGAAGAUAAAGCUAUUAGACAAUGUUCACUUGCAUUCUUCGCCGAUGCUAUGGAAGAUUUUGAAAGUGCAUUGUAUAAAUUGGGUUACAAUCCUAAAGGUGCAAUUGAUGAUAUACAUGACGCUGGUAAUGAAGUUAAAAGAUGUGAGAAAGCUCUUGCAGAUGAAAAGUCAUACAAUCCCUCAAUUCAUGCUCUAAACAAUGGAAUCUAUUUGCUUAGUGAAAUAUCCUUUUUAGCUGUAAAUCAUUUUGCACUUAAGGGAGGUUUGUAA